AUGGCGGCGCCCGAUCUGGAGCGGCUCCUCGCGGAGCUGCUGGAGCCCGACAGUGACGUCAUCCGCCGGACCCCCGCCCGCCUCGGCCUUCUCCUCACCGGCUCCUCCCGGGCGCAGAUCCGGCAACUGGCCGCCGUCCUGCUGCGGCGGAGGCUCUUGGGCCGAUGGAAGCGCCUGGACCCGGCUCUGCGCCAGAGGCUCCCGACGCUAUUGGCCGAAGCUUUGGAGCGGGAGACUGAGCACACGGUGACGGUGGUUCUGGCCCAGCUGGGGGCCCUGGUUCUGCGCCGGGGGGGGCUCAGCGCCUGGGGACCCCUGGGCACCUGGGUGCAGGAGGUGGCCCGUGACCCCCGGCCCCCCCACCAGGAGGAGCUGCUGCGCUCGCUGCUCCCCGACAUCCUGACGGCCCUGAAGAAGCUGCUUGACGCUGACGAGGAGCGGGGCACCGAGGCCCUGGAGGUGUUGGACGAGUUCCUGGAGGCCGACCCCUCCACCGUGACCCCUCACCUUCGACCCCUGCUUGACCUCUGCCUUCAGGUAACCCCGGGGGGGCUGGGGGCCCUGUUUCUGCGCCGGGGGGGGCUCAGCGCCUGGGGACCCCUGGGCACCUGGGUGCAGGAGGUGGCCCGUGACCCCCGGCCCCCCCACCAGGAGGCGGCCCUGCUGGUGCUGAGUGCGGCGCUGGAGGCGGCCCCCCAAGUCCUGGCCCCCCACGGCCCUGCCCUGGCCGCCCUGUGUCGGGGGGCUCUUGCUCCCGGGGUGCCCCCCAGCCCCCCGGCGUACAGCCUGCAGGCCCUGGGGGGGCUGGGGGCCAUGUUGGGGGACACCCACACGGAGCUGCUGCGCUCGCUGCUCCCCGACAUCCUGACGGCCCUGAAGAAGCUGCUUGACGCUGACGAGGAGCGGGGCACCGAGGCCCUGGAGGUGUUGGACGAGUUCCUGGAGGCCAACCCCGCCACCGUGACCCCUCACCUUCGACCCCUGCUUGACCUCUGCCUUCAGGUGGCAGGGGACGAGUGUUGGGGUGAUGCGGUGCGGGUGAGGGCUUUGGCCACCGUCACCUUUCUCGCCCAGAAACGUCCCAAGGCGCUGCUGCGGGGGGGGCUGCUGGGGCAGGUUCUGGGGGGGCUCCUGAUUCAAUCACAAGAUUCAUCCGCUCUGAUUACUUCCCAUUUUACUGUCUCGCCAACCACAAACAAUCUUUACUAUUAUUUCGUUUCCCUUAUUCAACCCUGCAUGGCCCCACUGGUGCAGGAGGCUCUGCGGAGGCAACCCCGGGUCGUUCUGACCCACUUGCCGCUGCCGCCGGGCCUCGUCUCCUGCCGGGUGCUGCCCAGAUUGGCCAAGGCAGGCCGCAGCAGGCAGCAAGCGGGCAGCAGCAAGCGUAGGACUUCCGACUGGAUGCCCACCGAGUGA